UCUCUCCCACCUUACUCAGUAUACUCGGCGUUUGGACACAGCAUUGGGGUUUGGAUGGUGUUGGUGUGGACUGUAGACUGUAGACUUAAGUUCGUACUUUGGACCCGGCGAAAUCAUUUCUUAUCUGAACCCAUCUGAAAUCGUACCAAAAAGUGGCGACGUGAAUUAGUUGGUGUCGCAAAGCGGGCGAAAAUGGCUACUCCUCUUAGUAUCAUCAAACGGUCUCUGUCGACUUCGGCCGUACGCCAGGCCACCAUCAAAAAUGUGACCAUUAUUGGAGGCGGCUUGAUGGGAUCGGGGAUUGCUCAGGUCUCCGCUGCUACCGGCCACAAUGUUACAUUGGUAGAGCUGAACACUGAUGUGUUGAAGAAGGCGCAGGCCGGUAUCCAGAAUAGCCUCGGCCGUGUUGCCAAGAAAAUGUUCAAGGAGAAGCCUGCUGACGGUGAUCGCUUCAUCAGUGAGACCCUGAAGCGGUUGCGCGGCGUCACCAGCGCUGAAGAAGGCGUGCAGGAUGCUGAUCUCGUCAUUGAGGCCAUCGUUGAGAACAUGGACGUAAAGCAUAAAUUGUUCAAAGCGAUUGACGCUGCGGCACCAGCAAAAACAAUCUUUGCGUCCAACACCAGCUCAUUGCCGAUCAGUGAGAUCGCCUCCGUUACCAACCGCAAGGAUCGCUUCGGUGGGCUGCACUUCUUCAAUCCAGUGCCGGUGAUGCGCCUGCUUGAGGUGAUCCGCAUCCCUGAGACUAACGAAGAAACAUACCAAGCGAUGAUGGCAUGGGGUAAAGCGGUGGGUAAAACAUGCGUCACGUGCAAAGAUACACCCGGUUUUAUUGUUAACCGACUGCUGGUGCCAUACAUGGCAGAGGCGGUGCGCAUGCUGGAGCGUGGGGAUGCUACCGCGCGCGACAUCGACACGGCGAUGAAGUUAGGCGCUGGUUAUCCGAUGGGCCCAAUAGAAUUGUCGGAUUACGUUGGUUUGGAUACAACUGCCUUCAUUGUUGAGGGCUGGCAUAAGAAGUAUCCCGACAAUCCAUUGUUUGCGCCUCCCGAGAAGCUGCGUGAGUUGGUGAAGCAGGGCAAGCUCGGAAUGAAGACUGGAGAGGGUUUCUACAAGCAUUCGAAGUGAUGAGGAUGCCUGCAUUUGCGUUUUAAAUACUUUUUUUUAUAUAUAAACUAGGAAAUAAAAACAUACAACAUUCA